CUUUCUCUCUCAUUCAGAAACUAAACAAUCAUGAUCAUCACAAAGGAAAGAAUGAUGGAGAAAACGAACAAGGUUCGGUGGGGAGAGAUGGAGGAGGACGAUGAGAAGCUUGAUUUCUUGCUUCCGCCGAAGCAAGUUAUCGGGCCUGACAAGAAUGGUAUAAAGAAAGUCAUAAAGUACUUCUUUACGGAAGAUAACAAGAUGGCAAAGGUUAUGACCACCAUACGUGUCCGCAAGGUCAUCGUCCGGACAUGUGUCCGCAUGGGGGCUAGGUCUAAACGGAUCGCGGAGAGGCGCACCUGGGCUAAGUUUGGCGAUGCAGUUCAUGAUGAUGAUGAUACCGGUGGUAGCCGCCUCACUACGGUUUCAACGGAGGAGAUUCUUUUGGAACGUCCCAAGGCUUUGUCUGGUACCAAAGCGGAAGAAACAAAGGCAUCACCAGAGUUGGGUAAACCUGGUGCGGUCCUUAUGAUCUGCAGGAACUGUGGCAAGAAAGGUCAGCACUGGACAGCGAGAUGCCCUGAGAAUAACCAUUCCUCUAUAGAUCAAACAGAAGCUUCUAAGUGGACUGCGCCAGCUCGCACAGACAAGGUUGCUACCUAUGUCCCACCAAGCAUGAGAGAAGGUGCAGAAAAAAGCAUUGCUGUUUCAAACAUGAGGAGGAGGAGGAACGACGAGAACUCUGUACGUGUGAACAACUUGUCUGAAGACGCGCGUGAACCUGAUUUGAUGGAUUUGUUCCGUUCAUUUGGUGAUGUGAGUCGAGCCUAUGUGGCCUUGGACAAGAAGACUGGAACGAGCAGAGGCUUCGGUUUUGUCAACUUUGUGAGUAGAGAAGACGCGCAGCGAGCAAUUAACAAAUUAAAUGGUUAUGGUUAUGAUAAUCUGAUACUUGGUGUCGAAUGGGCUACUCCUAGACCCACCAACUAG